AUGAGACUAUUGAAAUACCCAUUAGAAACAGAAUCAAAACAUUUAACUUCAUUAACCGCAGUGGAUAAAGAUAACAAAUUAAUUAUAGCAGAUGACACCGGUCACGUGAUAGUUUGGUCACAAUCUAAUUUAAUCAAUACUGCUUUCAAUAAGAUCCCCAUUAAGGAUUUGAAAUUAGAUUUGAAAUUUAAAUUACCCGAUUAUGAUCCAGAUUGGGAUGUUACUGUUUUCAAUAUCAUUUCUUGUGAUGUUGACGAGACGCGUGAUGGAUCAUUGAUAGUUGCGACCGAAUUCAGAAUUAUUAUCGUUGAUCAUUGGAUGGAUGAGGCAAAAAGAUCAUUUAAGACUUUGUACAAAUGUCCAAUAAAAAACAUUAUUACGCAUAAUCAUGGUAUGGAAAUGCGUUCUAAUAUUAUGACCAUAACUGAUGUCAAAUUAGACUCGGUCAAGAACAUUCUAUUGGCAUCGUUAGUUUCUUUGAAAGAUAAUAAAAUAUUAUUAUUCGAUUCCCAGACGUGGAAACUGUUAAAUGUGAUCAAAUUGGAUUUAAUGCAAAAACCAAUUACUAUAAUAACGACACCAACAACCGAGGAAACCGUUACUGUAAUGUGUCUUGAUCGAUCAAUCUUAGUGUAUCAAUUCAAUAAAAUCGGUAAUUUUAAAUUGAUUCAUUCAUUCCCACAAUAUGUUCAAUUACAACCUAUACAUUAUCAAUUAUCUAUGCCACCUCAAAGUAAUUUAUUACCUGUAAUAAAUUCCAUCAAAGGUUCUACAUCUAAAGAUAUAACUACAACCGUUCUUUUGGAUCGACUUAAUAAUUAUAAGAUUAAAACAACCUUAGUAUCACCAUCAUCCAUUAAUUCAAAAGUUUUAAAAUCAUCUCCUGUUAUAUAUGAAAAAUUUAAUCAAAGGAAAAAUACAAAAAUAAAAUAUAAUUUAUUAGCUACCUCAGCUAAUAAAGAUGGAUCGAUAAUGGUUUGGAACACGGGAAGAAUGAAACCCUUAUUUAACGCUAUUCAAAUCUCAGAAACUCCAAUUAAUGAUAUGGAAUGGUCUAAAGACGGUUAUUCCUUGUUCGCAAUUUCAAACGAUGGUAUAUUGUAUACUUUUGCAUUCCAACAAUCUGAUCUUGGUGACAUAUUCCAACCAACAACAAAGGAAAAAACCAAUGAACAACAAGUGGAGGCGAAGGACAAUAUUAUAUCUUUAGCACCAUUGCCUGAGAUUAAGAUUGAUCAGCAACUCUUGGAUGACACAUUAUCAAAUAAAUAUGAAUUGGAAGAAGAAGAUGAUGAUGAUGACAAUAAGCAGAAAGAAGCAGGUGCCUUGACUACUGAGAAAGGUAACAAAAAGAAAAAUGCAAAAAGAAAAUCAGUAUCUUCAACUUCUUCUUCGUCAACAACAACAAAAAUAAAUAGCAACAACACUGCUAAUAAUAAAGAACCAAUGAAACCCGAUAUUAAAAUAACCAAAAGUAAUAACAUGGAAUUUAAUCCGCCUUCAUAUAAUGUUCCUAAAGAUUUGAAAAGGAAACUAAAACCACAGUUACAACAACAAACAUUACAAUCACAACCACCACCCGCCGCUAUAAAUGGGAAAGAUGGUUCUCAUACGCCUUCGGCGAAAAAGGUAAAACGUGAUUUGGAACCUAUCGAUUUCUUAGAUACAAAUUUGAUAUUACCAAACGUUUCGUUUUCAAGAAUAAGACUAGCGACUCCCAAAAUACGACUAAAAUUCACCUAUAUACCACCAUCACCACAAUCACAAUCGGUACUCUCUCCUAUGGGCAAGUCAGACUCAUCGAUAUUGAAAUUAUCAGUCUUAAAUGGUUCAGGAACUGAACAAACACCAACGAUAAUUACAUUAGAGAAUACAAAAUCUCAACAAAAACUAUUUGAGAAAAUGAUACCAAACUUCGUGACAUUAACAACAUCAGGUACUUCAUUUUGGGCCAUUUCAACGGAUACGGGGACAAUAUAUACAUAUUCUGAUACAGGUAGGACCAUCUUACCGCCCUUAAUAUUAGGUGUCCCAAUAAGUUUCCUAGAGGCAAUGGGGUCAUACUUGUUAUGUUUAACAUCAUUAGGUGAAUUAUAUUGUUGGGAUUUAGAAAAUCGUAAAUUAAAAUUCCCAAUGAAUUCAAUUUAUCCAAUUUUAAAUCCAUCACAAAGGUAUAGUGAUGAUAUAUUGACUCGUGCUGAAAAUGUUACCAUGUGUAGUAUCACGAGGAAGGGUGUCCCCAUCGUGACUUUAAGUAAUGGGAAUGGAUUCAUUUUCGAUGAAGAAAUGGGGGUUUGGUGUCUUGUUAGUGAUUCAUGGUGGGCAUUCGGUUCACAAUAUUGGAAUUCACUUUCUUCUGAUAACUACACGAAUGAGAACGAUAAAGAUGGUAAAUCGAAAAAUGAAAGACAAGGAAAUUCAAGUGAUGAAAUGAUGCAAGUGAUAAUAAAUGAGAAGGGGAGUUUAAUAAACUUCUUAGAGACUAAGACUAAUGAUGAAUUAAAUAGGAAAAAUAAAAUAAAAUUGCUACAAAAAUUUUCCAAAGUUGUAUUAAUGAAAGAAGGGUUUGAGAAUAUGGAGGAAGUUGUCACGCUAUCUCAUUUAGAAAAUAAAUUAUUAGUUUCUUUGAAAUUGAAAGAAAAUUCUGAAUUUAAUCAAUUGAUUACUCUUUAUUGUAUCAAACUCAGUGAAUUAGGUUAUCUUGGUAGAUUAGAUGAUAUUUUGCAAUGGAUUUAUAACGGUGGAGAAGGUGACAUUUUGGGGAAACCAAGAAAGGAAAUCCUUAAGGAAAUAUUAAUAGAAUGUGCUAAAUUUAGACAUGUUCAAAGAGUAACGACUGCAUAUGCUACUGCAAUAGGCAUGAUUAAUGAUCUAUUUUAA